AUGGCGUCCAUCACCGACAAGCCUGCGCCCAAGGACCUGUCCCAUCUGUAUUCCCGCGUGACCAAACAGCGUGUUGCGAGCAAGAUGAAGGCUUUCUAUAAAUAUUUUGCUAUUCCGGGCAUCGGAAACCUUGCUGGAGGCAUGUUGGCGCUUUGGUCAAGCGGCUGUCUUCCAAACCCAGGAUACUUUCCCUAUGACACCUUGGAAGCUUCAACGGCGCUUCCCGAAAGAUUCAAGCCCACGCCCAACAAGCCUGUCGAUCCCCCAGCCUCCGCAGCUGCAAAAACAUCUCUAGCAGAAGCUCCAUCGGUCUCGCGAGUACUUGUUCCCCACGAUUCAGCUGAGCCAAACCUCCUGCGCAAGAUCGACUUGACCACUGCCCUGCAAUAUGGCACCGCCCAAGGAUAUCCUCCCCUCUACGGCUUUAUCCGAGCCUUUGCACAGACAAAUCUUCAUCCCAAUGUGCCCUACAAGGACGGGCCAGAAGUGAUUUUGACCUGUGGCUCGACAGACGGCUUUUCGAAGACGAUUGAAUGCUUCAGCAACGUCUGGGACGAGGAAAGAGACUGGAUCCGAGAACGUGAGGGUAUACUAUGCGAAGAAUUCGCGUAUAUGAAUGCCAUUCAAGCUGCCAGGCCUCGUGGGCUGAAUGUGGUUCCAGUGGCCAUUGACGACGAAGGCAUGUUGGCGUAUGGAAAAGGCGGACUGGAGGAGGUCCUUGUGAACUGGGACAAGAACAAGGGCAAGAGACCACAUUUGAUGUAUACCGUUACGAUGGGCCAGAACCCAACCUCUGCGUUACUAUCGCUGAAAAGACGCAAGGAAAUUUAUGCUCUGUGUCAAAAGUACGACAUCAUCAUCAUCGAAGAUGAGCCGUACUGGUACUUGCAAUAUCCCUCCGCAAACGAGAUGUCAAUGAAGACAAGAGGUAAGCUUGUCUCAGACAACUUCCCGUCGGACAGCUCAUACAAUUACAACACCGCCUCUGGGGGCAAGUCCAGCGGUUUUCCGUUCUUGGAUAGUCUUGUCCCUUCAUACCUCUCAGUCGACGUGGAUGGAAGAGUGGUUCGACUGGACACGUUCAGCAAGACAGUCGCCCCGGGCUGCCGACUAGGCUGGAUCACAGCUCAACCUGAGGUGGUGGAGAGGAUUCUGCGUAUCACCGAGACAAGCACUCAACAGCCCAGCGGAUUCGUGCAGAGCAUGAUCGCAGAACUCAUCAUCGGACCCUCUGAAGAGGGCGAUCCCGGCAAAGGAGGCAGCAAAGACGGUAGUGGAUGGAAGGUGGACGGCUGGGUUCGAUGGCUCGAGGGGUUACGCGGUAAUUAUGAACGACGAAUGCAGAUUAUGGCAUCGACUCUCGAUGACGGGAAAUACUUGAUUCAAGAUUCGAAGCCGAAAUCCAACGCGUUCGCACCCGACGAUAUGGAAUACGAGGUGGUCCACAAGACGCAGAUGUACGACUUUGCCUACCCCAUGGCUGGCAUGUUCCUUUGGUUGCAUGCACGAUUCGAGAGCCACCCUCUCUUCAGCGAGGUCGACCACGCUCGACUUGCCCAAGCACUUUGGGUUUUCUUUACUACAGAGCCGUACCUCGUCUUGCUUGCUCCGGGAAGCAUGUUCUGCCCCACGCCCGAGCUCAUGAAAGAGAAUGGAUGGCAAUAUUACCGACUCUGCUUUGCCGCGGUGGACGAGGAGGUGGUGCAGCAGCACACCGAGAACAUCGUGGCCGCUUUCCGGAAUUUCUGGACCAUUGACGACGUCAAGGUCAUCGACAAGCUUCUGGAAGAUGACGAGGCUGUGGAGGAGAGGUUUGCCGCAUUGGCGAUGAAACACCAGGAGUCAUUUGCUGUGAAUCCGGUCAUGUGUUGA